AUGGGAAACACUAUCAAAAGGCUUACACGAAAACCUCCUCAAUCUCUCACGAUCCGACAAUUAAUGAGUUAUGAAUUUGAUUUACAACGGAAGAAAUUUAUAGUCACUGGAAGCUCGAGUGGAUAUGGAUUAGCUUUAUCAAAAUUAUUAACUCAAUUGAAUGGACAUGUUAUUGGAACAGUGCGGAGUACAGAAAAAAGUAAACCUACUUUGGAUUCUGUUCGGGAACAUUUAGAAAAAACGAAACCAAAGAAUCCUGGUGUAUUUGAAACGAUGCAAUUGGAAUUGACGAGUUUUGAUAGUGUCAGAAAUUUUGCACAAGAAUAUCAAGCAAAACAUUCCAAUUUGCAUGCACUAGUGAACAAUGCAGGAAUUGGUUUACUUCCUGAAUUUAAAAGAACUGUCGAUGGAUUUGAGGAAACUUACCAGGUUAAUUUAUUAAGCCCUUAUUAUUUAACCACUCAACUAGUCCCUUUAUUAAGAAGAGGAGUUAGAGAUUAUGGAGAACCUUCGAAAAUAUUAUUUAUUUCUUCUAAGAUACAUCACUACCCACGAGAUGAGACAUUUUUGUUGGAACGACAUUGGAAUGAUCCAAAAGAAUAUCAACCCAACAAACAAUAUGCUUAUUCAAAAUUAGCAGCAAUACUAGUCAUGCUGGAGAUGGCAGAAAGGUUGGAGAGCUACCAGAUACAUGUCAAUGCUUUGGAUCCUGUAGGCAGUUUGUCACUCAAUACUAACUUCCAUAGAUAUAGCGAAGAGGAUGCAAAGAAUAACCUCAUGACGUUUUUGCGACGAUUUAAACAGAUAACAUCUCCUGACAAGGCAGCUUAUUAUGCCCUCAAUACUUUAGCAAAUCCUGACCACAGAGACACCACAGGAGAAUAUUUCACAAGAAUGAACAUUCGAUUGCCGAGUCGAUUGGCGAACAAUGAAGAACUUUGUAUGGAAAUGUUGGAUCAAACAGAAUACUGCAUCUACACGGCUCUCAAAGAGAAGCAUCGAGAAAGGCAACAAUCUCAAAAGUAA